ACAAAAAAUUCCUAAAAGAAUUUUAUAUUCCCAGACUUCUCCCCUUUCCCGCCAACAACUGAGCACAGAACUCAGAAGAUUCUUCUCCUUUUCUUUUGUGACGAAAUUACCCCUGUGAUAUCCCCAAUAACAAACUCUUGAGUGCAUAACGAACUAUAAAUACAGCUCACGUUCUUCAUUCUUCUUCAUCAAAUUUCCGAUUUCGUUUUUUCCUCUGAAGCAAAAAACAUGAAGUUCUCAGAUAUGAAACUCCAGGCCAUGAAUGCUGUGAGAGCUUACUUCGUAAGGAAUUGGACAAGAGAAGACCUGAUGAAUACUGGAGAAAUGACCCAGCACGCUUAUGCAAGCUUGAAGAGGGUAUAUCUUACUCUCUUCUUUGCCAUGUGGAGCUUUACUUUUGGAUCCUACUUGCACUGGAUCUGGGAAGCGGGAGGGCGGUUCACAGUCCUUUCUUCUGUAGCAAGUUUACUCUGUCUUUACUUAACAUCACCCUCGAGUGUGAGGACAAGGGUCUUACUCUUGAUGAUUGCUGCCUUUUCCAUCGGUGCUUCUAUUGGCAUUUUUACCAAAUAUUUCUUUGAAAUAGAUCAAGAGCUUGUUUUCCGCCUUUUGGCACCUCCAACACUUGGCAUUGGAUUUAUCUGGGUUGGAUCCACGUAUACGAGGGAAAGGAGUGCAAUCUACAAGGGCUGCCUGUUCUAUUCUUGUCUUCUAUUUUACUCCACCUUUAAUGCUAGUAAUUCAGAAUACAUUGACAGCCAUACAGCUCAUCGGAUGUUAAAGGUAUGCAUUGUGUUUGCAUUGUUCAUGGGGUACAUUGUGGUAUAUAGCCAAGAGAUAUUGUAUGAUGCUCACUUUGGAGAAAUUAACUUUGUCAAUCGCACACUCUCCAUCUUCUUCCGUUUACCAGGUAUAUUGGUCCAUACUGCAAGACUAUGCCUGCGUGCAUAAAUUGAGCAACACAGACAGAAUCUCAGAACUAAUGCUGAUACACUUGGAACUGUAGAAUAAAUAGAGUAUAUUGCAGAUGGGGAACUGUAAAUCAUGAAAAAUAUUCCUUUGUGGCUACAUUUUACUGAUUGAAUUUGAAAUUCGUUAGUCCGAAGCUAAGUGCUUUGGCCUUUGAAUGUUAUAUUCCUUGGUGAUAAGCACUUUUGCUCAACCAAA